AAAAUUACAAAAAUUUAAUUAAAACUAAAUGAUUAUGGAUAAUACUUGCGGGCUUUUGAGGAGGCUCACAAAUGAUCUGGUAUUUUUCAUGAUUCUGUAGUAUAAAGAACACAUCUGCUGGCUUCAACCACCUAGUUUAGGCUUCUCGAAACAGCUUAUUAAUAUCAUACCCUAAGAUUACUCCAACAAGUGAAACAAUUUUUCUACUAAAUCACAUGCACAAAUUCUACUCAACAAGUGAACUUAAAUAACUAAAAUUGACAUUAAAAAAAAAAAAAAAAAAGUUCCGCCCCAAAUUACAAAAUUUAAUUAUCACAAUCAAAAUUCUUAGACGUUUCAAUGCACUUUACAAUUUCUUCAUUUAAUUAAAGAAAAUGAACACUAAAUCUCUAAGCUUAUACAUAAACAACUUCAAUGGAUCAACUAAAUUCCUUAAUUAGAACGAAGCAUUAAAAACAAUGGAACCUAACAAAUUAACUGAAGAGAGAAAAAGCUUUAAACUCCUUACCCGAUUCCAUCGUUUCCAAUUUGCGAAAAAGAUGAAAGCCAAACAAAUUGUAGAGAGAACACUAUUCCUUCGUUCGUUUGAAGCGCAGAGUGUUAGAACUCAAUUUAGCACAAAGAUAAGAAGCUUAGCCGCGGCAGAGACUACUGCCAAAGACGAGGAGGUAAUAGGAGAGAAAUGGAGAGAAAUGGGAAGUAGAAGUGGUAAAAGAGAGAAUGAAGGUGCAGAUAGGGAGGAAGUAUAUUUGUAUAGACAUUAAAUUAUUUUCCAGAGCAUUGCGCUUGAAAAUAAGAUAAGUUUUCAAAAUUAAAAGCAAAAAGGCAACAUUUCAAAAUUUUUCACAUGGUGGAAGGUGGAGUAUACUUAUUUUCCAAUGCACUACGCUAGAAAAUAAGCUAAAAUUUAAUAUUAUUUGAAAAGAGGGCGGCAUUUCGAAAAUUUUCACAUGGUGGAAGGCGGAGUAUACCUAUUUUUCAGUGCAUUGCGCUGGAAAAUAAGCUAAAUUUUGAUAUUAUUUGAAAAGAGGGUGGCAUUUCAAAACUCUUCACAUGGGGAAGGCCGGGUAUACUUAUUUUCCAGUGCAUUGCACUGGAAAAUGAGCUGAAUUUUGAUAUUGCUUGAAAAGAAGGCGGCAUUUCAAAAUUUUACAAGGGGUAAUGGAGUGACACUUAUUUUCCAGUGCAAUGUGCUGGAAAAUAUCCUAAAUGGUGCAAAGUACUUAUUUUCCAGUGUAUUGCACUGGAAAAUAGUUUGACCUAUUUUCCAGUGCAUUGCACUGGAAAAUACUUCAAAUGCUGAAAAUUCAAAGAAAGAACUUAGCACAUUUAUUUUUUGGAAAAUGACAUAAAAUAAGUUCUUGGAAGGAGAGGCAGGAUUUUGUAAAUUUCUACUAAAAUCACAAUAUACUUAUAUUGCAAUCAUAUAUCACAAUAAGUGUUUUCUAACAUAAUAUAUUACAAAAUGUGACUACUUGAAUGCAUUGAUUUUGAAAUAAUGAGUUUAGAGACAA